AUGGCAUCCUUUAUUCCUUUCUUUUUUAUCACCAUGGCUUUGCUAAUCUCACCGGCCUAUUCCCUGACCUGCACAUCACAGACCUUUACACAGAAAAACACACGCUUUACAAACUGCACCGAUCUCCCCGUACUCAAGGCCUACCUACACUGGACCUAUGACUCAACUGCCAAGCCCAAGCCCACGCUCUCCGUCGCCUUCAUUGCCCCUCCGGCCAAGCCCGACGGCUGGGUUGCUUGGGCACUGAACCCAACCGGCACCGGCAUGGCGGGGGCUCAAUCACUGUUGGCGUUCAAGGAAUCCAACGGAUCUGUGGUCCUUAAAACCUACAAUAUCUCGUCCUACAGUUCUAUAGUACAGUCGAAGCUAUUUUAUGACGUUUUGGACAAGAAGGCGGAAUUUUCUGGCGGAUCGAUGAGAAUAUUUGCAAAGCUUGCAUUGCCGAAUGAUGCGACGGAGUUGAAUCAGGUUUGGCAGGUUGGUGCAGCGGUGAAGAAUGGAAUGCCGGAAAAGCAUGAUUUCGGGCCGGAUAAUUUGAAUUCAAAAGGCACAUUGUCAUUGGUGAGUGAGGCGGCCACUGCUACGCCGACGCUGGCGCCCGCGCCGGCACCAACUAGCGGGAGUGGGAUUGGAGGACAAAACGGGAAUGAAAGUGGAGGGAGUUCAAGGAUUGGGGUGCAUGUGGCUUUUGUGUUACUAUUUGCCAGUCUUCUUUUAGGGUUUUAG